AUGACGAGACUCGGUCCAUUGACCGCGCAGGCCCUAGGCCGCUCGCCAUUUGACGAUGUGGUCGACGGCGAAGGCGAAGAUGACCCACAUGCGCCGACCCAGCAGUACGAUAACCGCGGACGGCCGGUCAACCCCGAGACGAAACGGAUGAACCGCGACAUGGUGCGAUCCCACAACGAGGUGAUGCAGGUCAUUGGCGUCGCCGAGCCGGACAACACGCCCACCACCGCCGAGGUCGACUCCGUGCGACGAUACUUCAACUACGAGGAUGCGGUGGGCACGCGGCUGCUGCGGUUCGGGCGCGCGCUGGAGAUUGCCGGUGUCUGGGGUAUUAACGGCAUGCGACUGCGCAUUCUCCUGUACAGGCGGUACGCCGACAUUUCCUUCUUCGAGCUCUUCCAGCACGAGCGGAGCCAGCGGUCGAUAUCGUCCGCUCUCAUGACGGGUCUGCCGACGUUCCUCAGCGGCCAUGUCUUUAAGAUGGCCACUUACUGGUUCUACCCCUACCCGAGGAAGAACAAGUUUGUCAACACCGCCCUGUCGUACAUCAGGGUGCACCUGCAGCUGUAUGUCUUUCUCCAGAGGCUGGACAUCAUUCCCUCUGCGAGAUGGUUCCCUUCUUUGAGCUUCUUCAUCCCGGGCUCGCCCUCGUCACCCAUUGCAGCGCCGGCGCCGCCAAAGGACUUUAGCCCAUCAUCGCUGGUGCAAUACGCCGGCGCGUGGUGUGUGAACUCGAUCCCCUUUAUUUCGUACGUCAUCUGGGGUCAGAUCUGGACCGAAGUCACGGGUCACCUGUGGCAGGAGUUCUACGGACGACUGCCGAAUACCGUCCACCACCGGAAACCUCCACCGCCGCCGCCUCCACUACCGCCGGUGACGAUUCCGGAGACGCCGGAGCCGGUUCCCGACGUAGACCGUCAACAGCCCGAACCUCUCUCUGAGCUGAGGGGUGAGGACAUCCUCGAGGACAUUCCCCCGGAAGCGGAACCUAGCGACACACCGCCCGUCCAGGCAGUUCGCCGACCAAGCGCCUUCUCAGCUAGGGGCGACGACUACGGCAGUGACGACGAAGAGGACGGCGGCGUCAGUGCAACGCUCAUCAGUUUCGACGUGGAAGCAACUGACUCAACCGAUGCGCCUCCCGGGCUUUGGUCCGCCGAGUUGCGACCAAGCACGGGGCCGGAUUCUGGGUACGGCGCCUCCAUCCAGUACAUGGACACCAUGUUGACCAGACUGCCGGCGUGUCUUGCGUCGGACAUCUUCACCGUGAUCUCGGGCUACGUCCUGGUCUCGCCGUACGAAGCCGUCGCGCUGCGUCUGGUGGCGAGGUCCUACCGCGAGAGGAUGGGCCUGCCCACCUUUGACAUCCACGAUACCAACAUCUUUAGCGGCAUGACGCUGCGGGGCGUGACCAACUUCCUCGGGCUGGAAUUUUUGCACUUGGUGAUUGCGGGUGAGCUGUGGGCUCUCAUCACGGGCCUCGCGCAGUGGUUCCACAUCACGGAGGAGGAGUGGAAGCUGUGGAAUGAGAUUGAGGAGGCCGAGGCUGCGGAGGAACGGAGGCGUCGGGGGCAGAUUUAA